UCUCUCUCUCUCUCUCUCUCACAGGUUCCUAACCUAGUGUUCUUGGCGGUCAGUCCUGAGGAGAAGGAAUCCUGGAUCAACGCCGUGAACGGAGCGAUCACCCAGGCCAAGAACCGCAUCCUGGACGAGGUCACAGUGGAAGAAGACAGCUGCCUCGCCCACCCAACCAGGGAUAGAGCCAAGAUCCAACACUCCCGGCGGCCGCCCACUCGCGGGCAUCUCAUGGCCGUGGCAUCUACCUCCACGUCAGACGGCAUGCUGACCCUAGACCUCAUCCAGGAAGAAGAGUCCCCCUGCGAGAGAGCCGUCCUGCAGAGAGAAGCAGGCCGAUCUGAAAGCCUGCCCCGGAGGAGCGAGAUCUCCUGGGAGAGGGAGCAGCAGGUCGACCCCCGGCCCUACACCCCGCAGGCCAGUAAAAAACUCUGCUCCAGCGAGAAGAACAAGUGCGCCUCUUUGGACGAGAUCCUUUCCCGCUCGGAACACGGCCCCCCUGCUGGGCCCCCUCUCAGCCAGCUGCAGGAGCUCAUCGCCCACAAACUGGAGAGAACUCAGGCCCUGCUGGCCAAGGUAACGCUCCAAGAACAGGGGCGCAAGGGUAAGGCAGCGAAGGACUCGGAGGCGGAGCGGCUCCUGCAGGAAGCAGUGUGCACCUGGGGCCAGGCCAGAGAGGUGCUGGGGGAGGUGCAGGAGCUCCGGGCUCUGUAUCAGCAGAUGGGCUCGGCCCAGUCGCUCUCCCCCAGACUCAAGAGCCCCCAGCAGACUACCAAUAGGAAGAGCCUCAUGUGAUCUGGGCCACCCACACUCUUCUAUCUUUGGUUAUUAUUUCUGCCCCUUGGCAGUUGCUUCCCCUGUUUCAGGGUUUUUGAGCAGCCCAGCUUGCUAUUCAUGUCCAGGUCUUUCUGCCUUUUCCACUGAUCCAGUUCUCAGUUUACAAGCGGCCAGCGGGGUGCUGACGUGCGCAGAAAAGUAAACAUCCUGAAGGGGGCGCAAGUUAAAACAGCGCAUGCUCUUAUCCUGCAGUGAACUAUGUAUUGAGGAUACAGCACAGUGCCGUUUCUUCCUUCUCUGUUCUGGAAUACAGAUUUGUGAAUACCUUGCUGUGGUCAUGGAAGGGUAAAUGGUAUUCCCAGUAGACUGUAGCCGGUAUGCAGGGAUGCACACAAAUCUGCCACUGGCUCAGAAGUGGGAGAAACUGUGGUUACUCACUGGGAGCCAGCAAGGGGGCAAGGGGGCAAGGGG